UACCUCCAAAUAUAUCAUUAAUGAGCCAUGAACACUGACUGAUAGAUAAUGUACUUUGACGUUUUAAACGACAGUAGCCUGGUUACAUAGGUGAAGCUAGUUAGCUGUAGCCUAGAUGGCAGAUAGUUUUACGUUGCAAUCAACGGACGUGCUCGUCAAACUCCUACGUCCUACCUGGUAGUUUAUUUAAUCAAUGUAACUGUUUUUAAUAGUGCGUCGUUAUUCACCUGGGAGGACGAUAUCGACUUGACUUGGUUAAGAGAAAAAUGACCAAUAGAAGCCAGCACUAUGGGUUCCAGUCAGCCACCAUGGUGCAGCCUGCCAAUGGCGGUCAUGCCUAUCUGUUUGGGAACAAUGGCUCAGAGAAUGACCUGUCAGAAGAGGAUGGAGAGAGCUACGAGCUGCGGCCACGCGGCCGAGAGAGGCUACGGAGGAGCACGUCCAGAGAGAGGAUGGAGGACAUUAUCUACCUGACUAGAGACAUACAGGAGGGCGACACUCUCAACAGCAUCGCCUUGCAGUACCAUUGCUCAGUGGCUGAUAUAAAGCGUGCCAACAACCUCUUGACAGAGCAGGACUUCUUUGCCUUGCGGUCGGUCAAGAUCCCUGUGAGGCGCUUUAGUGUACUCACUGAAACCCACAGCACUGGACCUCUCAAACCCGCAUCGCCCACAGGUGCCAGGCACCUUCCUCAGAUCUCCCCAGUUACCUCUCUCCCUACCGAGUCUUCCUCAGACUCCUCUUCUACCGACAGCGUGGAAGGAUUCCUCCUAGAGAAGGACAAGGACAUUGAGCGGCUGGUGAAAUCCACAGGUCCGUCUCGAAGCAGCCUGAACGAGGUUGUGUCAUCUUUAACGCUGCAGCAACAGCAGCCACUGCUGGGAGAGGUGGAGUAUAAACCAGUACAGAGGAAGGACCCUUAUUAUGGGGCAGACUGGGGUAUGAGAUGGUGGACGGCUGUGGCCAUCAUGCUAGUUGUUGGCAUUGUCACGCCUGUGUUUUAUCUCCUGUAUUAUGAGGUUCUCAUGAAAACUGACGUCGGACAUCAUGGCAUUCCUACACAAGCUCCUGGAAACGUUCCUCCUAAUGGAAUAAUGGACCAUCAUGUUGGAGAAGACAACCAUGCAGGGGCUGGACCUGGACACCAUACUGGACACUUGGUUAAUGAUAAUUCACAGAGACAUGGUGUGGACAAAGCAGGGGACAGUGAACACAGGGAACAUGAGAAAACAUAACGCAUCAGUGACCUGAUUUGACUGAUUUUUGAUUUGUCUUUGCAGACUGAACAAAACAAUGCAAUCUUUCUGGGACCGUCACUUCACAGUGAGAAGUCAUUUUUAUCGAGUUGAGAGAAUAAAGAUGUGGCGACAGUCAUUCCUCGUGUCUGCCCGUUUGAAUUUAUAAGCUUUACAACCAGGAGUAAAAAUAGAAUGAAAUAUCAGAUGGUAUGCUUGGCUGACCUUUUUCUAAAUGACGGGUUUACUGCAGAGGUUUUAUCUUUGCUGCUGUAUUCACUGUAAGCUACACACAAGCUGUGUCCAGGGAGUUCAAAAACACGCUGAGACCAACAGCAGCUAACUCAUAUCUGUUAAUUCUGUGUGGAUUUGGUUUUAAAGUUGAUAUCAACCAGGGUGGUCAAACUGUGUUCUUUGCCAUAUUAGAAAUUGUGUUAAUUAUUUUCCAUCUGAUUUGUUUGGAAAAAUGACUGCUGCCAUUGAGUUUCAUAUAGAAUUAAUUUAUUAUAAGACUUUUGAGCAUUAACCUUUACUUACACCAUCAGUAUUUGGAGUUUAAAUUAUGUUUCUUAAAUUU